AUGUCUGAAAGAAAGGGUAUAAACAAGUACUACCCACCGGACUGGGAUCCUUCCAAGGUGCCGAAAAGGCAAAAGAUUGGGAACCAAGACAUCAAAGUGCGUCUUAUGGCACCAUUCUCGAUGAGAUGCCUCAAGUGCAACGAGUAUAUUGCAGAGAGAAGAAAGUUUAAUGCAAAGAAGGAGAUAACGAAAGAAAUGUACAUGAACUUCAAGAUUAUACGAUUUCAUAUCACAUGUCCUAGGUGUAAUAACAAAAUCACAUUCAAAACCUCUCCCCAAACUGCAGGGUAUGUCACCGAGACUGGAGCCGUUAGGAACCAUCAGCCUAAGAGUGCGAUCCACAAAGAAGAAGAAGCUACGCCCAAGGAUUCAAAGCCUGAAACUGAGGAUGAGAUAUUGGAAAGAUUGGAGAGGGAAGAGCAGGAAAACCAGUCAUACCAGGUGCUAAAGGAUAAACGUAAAAGAAAUCCAUUUUGGCAAAAGCAAGAUGGUUUGAAAGAUGGAGAUGGCAAUGUGAUGGAAAACCUUGAGAAGAGAUUGUUGCAACAACAACGAGAAAAUGAAAUCAACGAUCAUUUAGAGCAGCUACAUGCUAGACAAGUGCACAUUAACGAGCAUGGAGGGAAUGAGCAGAUGAUAAAUAGUGCUCAGCGGAUGAUUAAUUCUGACUUAAGCACUAGAGAGGAGCAAGACGAGCUAGCAGACGAGGAUGCAGCACAGAGGGCUUUUGCCAAGUUCAGAUCAGAAAAGAAACAAACAGUCGAAAAAAUUGAAAUUGAAUCGAGUGAAGAUGAGGAUAAAGAGGAGUCCGAGAAGGAAGAAGAAAUAGCAGAUGAAGAAGAUGAAGUGGUGCAGCCCUCCAAGAGAGAAACACUGAAAGCUGCAGCAUCUACCGCGUUUAACCCUAAGAUCGUUUUGAAGAGAAAGAAAGAUGUACCAGUAAAGACGGCAGUAGAUGUCGCCCCUACAAAAGCUUUGGAUAUCGGGCCAACCGCUCUAUCUACAUUAGCUGGUUACUCGUCAGACGAGACUGAAUAA